AUGACAGAGAGGGGGAAUAUACCAAUUGAACUCCUAGAUUUCCAAAGACAGAAAGUCCCAACACCCCAACAAACAGUACAAAAUAAUAACUCAAUAUUAAUAAAACGAAAACGAUUCUUUUUAAGUGAUCUUAAAGAAUCAAUUCAAUUUCUAGAGAUAUUCUUGAUUGUAUUAAUUUAUCUUCGUGAUUUAUCAUUUUUGAAGUUAUUAAUUAGAGCAACUGUUCAUUUAUCUAUAUUAAAUAUUGAUCCAAAAAUCAUAUCUAGAAUAACUAAUAUUCCUGAAGAUUAUAAAAAAUCAUUAACUAAAGUAUCAUUACGCGGAGUUAUUAUUGGGAAUUUAUUUUGUAUAUUUUGGCAUUUAAUAUUUGGAGUUGGUUCAAGUUAUUCUAAUGAUAAAGGGUAUUUAUAUGGUGGGAUAACCAUACAAUUUAUUGGUGAUAGAAUACCAUUCAAUAGAUUUGAAGUUAUAUUAUUGGAUAUUUUAGUAUUUCUAACACAAUUAAUUUUUCAUAAUUUAUUUGGAGUUGUGAAUGAAAAGGAUGUUUUUGAAAUUAAACAAGUCAAUGAAGAGAAUGGUAAUGACGAGGUUGAUGAAGAUGAGAGAAUUUAUGAUGAAGGAGAUGGAUAUAACGGGAAUGUCGAAUUAUUAACUAUAGAUUUAUUGGGAAAUAUUAAAAAAGUAAUGAAUUAUAAAAUAAGUUUACAACCUAUUAAUUUGAAUAAUGAAAGUACUCAAAUGCCUGGAGCAUUUCCAAAUCCAAGAUUAUUUGUAUGA